GUAAACACAACAAAGGCGUUACUCUAUGAGUUAAACCUCGAGCCACAUUUACUGUAGCCUACAUUAGACAACAAUGUCUUCAGUUGAGUCUUUGAGAGAGUUUGUCAAAGAGCGACUAACUGCUGCUGCUGAAGAAAUAUUGGGAGUUUUUGUAAGAACCAUCGUCGAGUACGAGGAAGAGAUCGAUCGUCAGCGCAGACUGUUGGAUAUCGUUUUGAAGCCUGAAAUAAAGUUACACAGGACAGAGCUCCCACAGCAACAUGUGUGUACGGAGGAGGAGGUUGUCCCUGAGCAGCAGCUCUGUAUUGAGGAGAGGAAGUCCAAUGUGGACCAAGAGCACCCAGAGCCUUCACAGAUUAAAGAGGAAGAGGAAGAGGAGGAAGUGUGCAGCAGUCAGGCAGGAGAGCAGCUUGUACUGAAGCAGGAGACUGAUGGCUUUAUGUUGACUCCUGCUGAUGAGGAAAGUGAGCACAGUGAAGAUCAGACUCUGGACUUCAUUCAUGACGACACUCAAAGUGCAGCAGACAAAGAGUCUGUCGUCAUCAUACCAGUUAUAAGCUCUGUGAUAUCACAAGCAACCAGUGACCACCAGCUGCUCUCUCACAACUCUCAUGUAGCUGAGAGCCAAGAUGAGGAAGAAUACCAGCAUGGAGACUCAGGAUCAACUAGAAACACAGAGCUUCAAGCAGAGGAAAGACAUCAUGAAAGUGAAAUUAACAGUAACAGUCCACACACCUCUGCUGUGAUCAACUUAAAUACAGGUAAAAAGCCUUUAGAAUGUGACGUAUGUGGGGAAGUUUUUGAGUGCAAGUCAAAAUUUCAGAGACACCUGAAAACCCACACAGGUGAGAAGCCACAUACUUGUAAUGUAUGUGGGAAAGCUUUUGGACGUAAAUAUGUCUUGUUAGUCCACAUGAGGACUCACACAGGUGAGAAGCCGUAUACUUGUAACGUAUGUGGGAAAGCUUUCGGACAUAAUAGUGUCUUGUUAGUCCACAUGAGGACUCACACAGAUGAGAAGCCAUAUACUUGUAAAGUAUGUGGGAAAGCUUUCAGACGUGAUGGUGUCUUGUUAGUCCACAUGAGGACUCACACAGGUGAGAAGCCGUACACUUGUAACGUAUGUGGGAGAGCUUUCAGCUAUAAUGGUCACUUUUUAGUCCACAUGAGGACUCACACAGGUGAGAAGCCACAUACUUGUAAUGUAUGUGGGAAAGCUUUCGGACGUAGUGGUGACUUGUUAGUCCACAUGAGGACUCACACAGGUGAGAAGCCACAUACUUGUAACGUAUGUGGGAGAGCUUUCGGACGUAAUAGUGUUUUGUUAAUCCACAUGAGGACUCAUUCAGGGGAGAAGCCGUAUCCUUGCAAAACAUGUGGGAGACACUUCAGAACUGCCAGUCACUUGACAGCCCACAUGAGAACGCACACAGGUGUAAAGGUGCAUCAUUUGAGCACAGGGGUUCCAGUUGAAGUCACACAUAUACAGGAGAGAGACGGUUUACAUGCAAAACAUAUGGCAGAGCUUUCAGAGGCCUCUUCUAUAAUGCAUGCUAAGAAAAGUGGGGAGUGAAGUCCAAAUCCUGAAUUUUAAUUGAAAUUGCAGGUCUGGAAAAGUUAAACUAGUGAGAUAAAGAACAAAAGGAGGAGACUGCUUUAAAGUUUGAAUUUUAUACUUGCAAGAGUCAUGGAAAACCUGGAAAAGUCAUGGAAUUAGUCAAAAUCAUUAUAAGUCACAGAACUUGUUUGUGUAUAAUGAAAUUAUUAGAAUCAUCUUUAGUGGAUAACCCUCCAUAUAAUGUAACAUAAUGGCAAAUUCAUUUUCUGCAGCUGGUGUAUUAAUGUAGCUUUAAUUAGUGCUGUCAAGAGAUUAAAAAAAUUGAGAGAUCAAUUAAUUAUGAUCUGUAAUUAAUUGAUCUAAUUAAGAGAGAGGGCUAGCGCAUUUUGUGGCUGUGGCAGCUAGUCGCAGCUGCCUCACCAGCUGCCACCACCGAGGCAGCUGCCUCAGUAGUGGCAGCUGCCGCUGUCGAGGCAGCUCCCGAGGGCAACUGACGGUACUUCGGCACUUGCCGGUUACAUCUUCAGGUGUUCCCAUAGCUGCCAGUGAGUUGCCAUGGCAACUGCCACUGUUUUACCUACACUAGCUGCCACUAGCCUCCGAGGCAGCUGCCACUACUGUAUAUGUAUGUA